UUUACUUUAGGUUUCAUUUCCUUUUAAUAUAAUACCGUGGCGCUAUAGUAGGCGGUGUACAUUUGGUAUAGUUACAUAUCUGUAUAAUCUUUACUUUUUAAUGAGUAAAUUGUCAUCGUGUUUAACGACAAGUGUUUUAAACAUAAAAAAAUAAUGAGUGAUUCAGAAUUUUUAGACGAUACAGAACAAAAUGUAUCGGAAUCUCAUUCUAAACUACUUGAAGCUGUUUCACAGCUUGAUAAGGGUCAAAGAGUAAAAAAGGCAGAAAGAAGUGAACCCACUUUGGAAGUAUCAGAAUUCCAUUUGGUAAAGAGUGGAGUGUCAGAUUCAGAUGCAGUAAUUGUAAAGGAUUUGGCAAAAGCAUUAGGCAAAAAAAGUCACCAUUUAGAGAUUGUUAGAAAUCUAGAAUCUACAAGAAAGAAAAUAAAUAUUUUAGAAAAACCUUUAGAAAAGCCUGCUGCAGAAAGAAUAAAAAGAGUAGUUGGGUUUGAAAAUACAAAAAAAGAAUUAAAAAAAUGGAAUGCUGUGAUAACAAAAAACAGAGCAGCAGAGUCCCUACAUUUUCCUCUAAACAAUCCAUCUGUGCGAUUAGAACCGUCUAAUCAAUUUGUUAAGAGGUUUAGAAUUCAAUCAGAUUUAGAAAAAGAACUUGCUGCAUUAGAACCACAAAAAGAAAAUAUCAAGGAAACUAAUGAUGAUUUCUCAUUGACAAUGAAUGAAAUUAUUAUGAAACGGAAGGAGGCUGCAAAAAUUAGAGCACAACAGUCUUAUAGAGAAGCUAAGUCUCGUCGACAAAAUAAAAUUAAGAGUAAGAAGUUUCAUCGUGUUCAAAGGAAAGAAAAAGUUAAGUUGCAAUUGAAAGAAUUCGAUGAAUUAAAAAAAACUAAUCCAGAAGCUGCUCUGGAAAAGCUAGAACAAUUGGAUAGGAUUCGAGCAGAAGAAAGAAUGUCUUUAAGACACAAAAGUACAGGAAAAUGGGCACAAUCUAAACAAAUUCGUGCAAAAUAUGAUAAAGAAACUCAACAAGAACUGGCACAACAAUUAUCAAUUGGCCGUGAAUUAACUCAGAAGUCAAGAGAAAUAAAUGAUAGUGAAGAAGAGAAUGAAAUUGAUGAUUCACCUGUGCAAUCCACAGCUACUGACGCAGAAAAUCCAUGGGUACAAAACGUUAAAACUGAUUCUGAAAUAGAUGACUUUAUUAAAAGUUAUCGAAAUUAUUGGGAUAAAGAAAAUAAUCAAUUAGCGAACCAGUCCAUAAAAGUAAAUAAUAAAAAUAAAAGUGAUAAUCAAGACACGAAAACCUCAACAGGAAAUUUAGGGUCUACUUUUGUUUUUGAAGAUAAACAUAAUAAUAAUAAUGAUACGGAAUCUUUUGAAGUUAAAAAUAACAAAGAGCAUUCGAAAAUAGAAGAAUCAAAAAAUGAAAAUAAAACACAUAUUUUAGGCAAAAGAGAUACAAAAAGAGUGUCGUUGGACGAUGAAAAGAAGUUGAAUAAAAGAAUUAAAUUACAAAAAAAAGGUUUAGAAAAAAUUAUCGCUACUUCUACUUGGAGUGUAGAAUCGGUAGAAAGAAAUGUACAAACUAAAUGUAGUCCUUCGUCGAAUGUUUCAAAUCAGGAAAAGAUAAGUAAAAUAUUUAAUGCUAUGGAGGAAAGAAUGCAAGAUCAAAUCAAAUCGAAAAUUCAGCAUAUUACGGAGAAGUAUGAACAAGUUAUUAAAAAACCCAAACAUAAAAAUAAUAGGAUAAAAGCAGAGAAAGAUAAUUUCGAUGGACUUGAAAUGCAAACUACAAAUAAAAGAGUAAUUAUAGAUUCAUCUUUACAUGAAGAUGUUAAUGAGAAUGACUUAGACAAAAAUACUAAUUUAGAAAACACCAGGAACAUAAAUUAUAGUAACAGUUUAUCUGUAAAUAAAGUAAAUAAAUCUGAAACAGAAAUUGAUCCUAGUAAAUAUAUGAAUGUAAAACCUAAGCAUCUACACACAGAUCUUCCCACUGAUAUAACAGGUGGCGAUGAUGUCUUAGAUGACAGUGAAAAUGAGGAUGAAAGACACAACGUAAUAAGUGAAGCAUUUGCUGAUGACGACGUUGUAGAAGAAUUUAGAAACGAGAAGAAGGAAUGGGUGAAAGAUUCUCAACCUAAGGAUAUUGAUUUAACUUUACCAGGCUGGGGUAGUUGGGGUGGGACAAACGUUAAAGUAUCAAAUCGUAAAACAAAGCGUUUUAUAUUAAAGUUUCCGAAGGAUGCACCGCGUAGGGAUGAAAAUAAGGGAAAUGUAAUAAUAUUCGAAGACAGCAAGGCGAAAAUAAGACAACAUCAAAUCAGUGAACUGCCAUAUCCAUUUACAAGUGUUAAAGAUUAUGAAGCUAGUAUUAGAAUGCCCAUUGGUAGAAAUUUUGUUCCUGAGAAUGCUCAUAGAAAGUUAAUUGAGCCUACCGUUAAGACCAAAAUGGGCAAGGUUAUUGAACCUAUGACCGAAGAUGUUUUGGUGAAAACAGCUGAAAAGAAAUUUAAAAACCCUAUUGCCAAGAGAAGAAAUAAGAUAAUUAAGAAGAAGGGAAUAAAAUAAACGAUACGAAUAAAUUACAAAAAUUUUUACUGUCA